GGGAAGGGGACUACUUCCUACUGCAGCACAACAUGGCCGUGGUUUGAUUGCGUUGUAGUACACAUUGAGUUUCAAUUACGAUAUACAAAGUUUAGACGGUAAAAGCAGAUCGCCUUAGUCCUGAGAAAAUGUACAGACCGGGUUUCAGACAUCCACCUCCUCCAGGAAACGGAGGCAUGGAUCAAAGACCUACGGGGUUUCGUGGAUCCCCGACAGGGCCUGGAUUUGGAGGAGGUGGACAGGCGGGCUUGCUGCCUCCUCCUACCCGGGGAUUUUUAAACGCCACGUCUCCGCCUUAUGGCCAGAGACCAUGGCAAUACUCUGGCAAAUCUCCCCAUACUCCUCCGAAGAAUUUUUACGGCAAUAACAACAACGGUAGUGGCGGUAUGGGGAGCUAUAACAGCCCGUCCACGGGUCAGACCGCACAGAGGCCAAGCCCUAGGUACUCGACUCCGUAUGCAAAGUCCCCGGGAGGUCACAACGAUUACCACCACUACCAGAAGUACAGCCCUGGACAACAGAGAGGCUAUCGGCAGGGUUCACCCAGGACAUCUACACCGUUUGGUUCUGCGCAUGGCAGAGAGAAAAGAGUGUCUAAUGAUGUGGAAAACUAUUACAGACCUUCAAUGCUUGAGGACCCAUGGGCUAGCCUAGAGCCAGUUACUGUUACAGACACUAACCAGAAGUACAACAGAGAGCAAACAACAAACACUGGUAAAAGAGGGAGGUAUUUCAGUUAAAAACCAGAUCCAUAGACCCCCUUUUUUAUUACAGCAACGCAGAUUCAGAAGCAGGAUCACAUCCUUUUUUUUAGGGAUAUAUCUGGACAAAGUACUGUUUACAGGAACAUGAAAAUGGGUUUUAGUUAAACAUGUUUUGUAAUACAGUAUUAUUUUAUGAGACUAUUAUUAUUAUUUUUUUUUUACUGCACUGGGUAUUUCCAAAGGGGAGAGGUGGAUGGUGUUGGGAGUUUUCUUAGUACUCUGGGGAUCUGGAAGUGCUUCCCUGCCCUGAAGAAAUUAAUAAUCGGUGUUCUUUAAUCACCAGCAAACAGUUAGCAACUGGUAAAACAGCAUCUCACUAUUUACCUCUUUGAAUACCGACAGGCAGCUUGAAUGCCUGAUUUUUACUGAGAUACCAUGGAAAUGGUAUUUUUUUUUUAUUUUAUCACAAUGUUUUUAGACUGACUUUACAGUGGAAUUAUAAUGGAAGUUUGUACACACUUGAUUGUUUUCCAAAAUUGUACAUAACAUAAAAAAAUAAUUUGUAGCUAACAUUUGUCAUCUGUAGUUUGUCAUAAGUAGUGUAUAUAUGGGUAUAUACUGUAUUCAAGAUGAAUCAUGUGUUAGAGUGCUAUUAUUUUCCUUUGGUUUGUACAAGAAAUGAAUUAUGUGUUAGAAGACCGGAAGAGUACCAAACGUUAAAAGCAUUUUUAACCAUCUCAGGAAAUGUUUUCCAUUGUGUAAAUUAAAUAAAUAAACUGUUGACAGGUUUUAUAUAGAAAUGAAACCUAAACAUUUCUGUUAAAUCUCCAGUUCUGGAACAUUUUUCACUGAACAAUAUCAAAAUAACCACAAUGUUGUAGGAUGUCUACAUAUAUUUUGUUAUGUAUUUACUUAGUCUGAUUAUAACCCAAAUACAGCUAAUUUAAACUGCUGUAAAAUAAAAUAAAUCUUUGUUUAACAGUUCUUUUAGACUACUUUCAGUCAAGGCAAAUAAAUGUCAACAUAUUUCUGUAAUUUAAACUGGGAUGGUAUUUUGUUUUUUAAAUCCCUUUCAUUAAUGUUUGAUUAAUACACCAUCUCAGCUUUUGAAAGCUGAGUGUUUUUUUGUUUAUAUUUAAAUAAAAUAACAUAAAGGUGAACAUGAGUAAUU